CUCUAUGUCGAAAUGUAUUUUCCACGUUCAGGCUUUUUUCCUGUCCAGGAAACACCUUCAAACAUGAUUCGAAAUCGGGAGAAUAUGGAGAGGCCAGUCUCGAAAAGAGGGGUCAUUUCUCUUCUCUCCAAAAUGCCGCUUGGGUACGUACUCAACAGCUGCUCGUGUGCUUAUAUCGACAAUCUUCUGGCUCAUAGUAGUGUUCAUCGUGCGAAACCACAUUCGUUCAUGAUACAGCGCCUUGUAGUCAUUUGUGGUCGUUCGUCACCGGCAGUGGCCAAUCAUGCAGCUAACAUCAUUCUCUCCGCUUUCAAUUUCUGUCAAAUAGAUGCUCCAGCGAAGAAAUUUCUCGAUGAAGAAGCAGCUCUUAGUCUGUUUCAUACGGUUCGUUCUUUGUUUUAA